UUUUACAAUCUACACUUCACUAUUGUACCGUGGAUGUCAACAUGUCCAAAAAAGUUUCACGUGUUGCAACAAAUGCAAUAGAUUUGGAGUUCAUAGAGGCUCUUGGAGGCGAAAAGGGUGAUCUUGAUCUUCUUAAUGACGUAGAUGAUGAUGAAGAAGAAAAUGAAGACCUUGAUGACUUUGAUGUUGAUAUGGAUGCUGAUCCAAUCAAGAAAGAUGAGCUGAAAGAAUUUAUCAAGCUGUUAGGAAUAAAGGAGCACCGUGAUGUUGAGGGAAAAAAAGAAAAGAAGAAAAAACUGUUAGUUAUGAAACCAGAAGAAGAAGAAGUUAAACCAGAAAAACCAACUAAAAAGAAGAAAAAGGAGAAAAUCCAGCAUGAUGAAGUGUCGAGUACCACUGCUAGAGUCACCUUUGAUAUGUCUGCACACAUAAAAAAUUACAAACCUAGGCAGUACUUAGUGGUAAAAUCUGGACAAAACUGGAUUGAUAUUCAGGCACCUGAGGAUAAAGUUAUGAUGAAACAAGACCAUAGUCGAGAGUUAGAACAACAGAUGGAGAACUUUGCUUCCAAGUUAUUACAAGAUGAAGUAGCAGUUUAUAACAAACAACGGGAAGCCAGUAAAAAGUCAGAUGUAGGAUGGAUUAAAACAGUUUUGUCAUCUGGAACUCUGGGAGAUAAAAUAGCAGCUCUUACAUUGUUGGUUCAGGAGUCACCUAUACAGAAUUUGACAAGUUUAGAAUCAUUGAUAAACAUGACAAAGAAAAAAGGAAAGAGAGAAUGCAUGAUGGCUGCAGAUACCACAAAAGAGCUGUUUAUUACAUAUCUGCUACCAAACGAUAGGAAGUUACAUACAUUUGAUCAGAAUCCAUUAUCCAGUUUAGGAGAACUGUCAGGCGGAAACAAAGACACCAUAGACAAAUACUUGUUGGUGUGGUACUUUGAAGCCAAACUUAAAGAGCAUUAUGCUAAAUUUGUCAAUGCAAUAGAGUUGAUGUCACAUGAUACACUAUUACCAACAAAGCAAAAGGCUCUAGUGAUAAUAUUUGACCUGUUGGUAGGAAAACCAGAGCAGGAAAAAGUUCUGCUGAACUUGCUAGUAAAUAAAGUGGGUGAUCCUAAUUAUAAACUGGCUUCAAAGACUGCAUACUUAUUAAGGAGAUUGGUGGAGAAACACCCCAACAUGAAGAGUGUGGUAGUUGAUGAAGUAGAGAGACUGUUGUACAGACCUAAUAUAUCAUCAAAGGCACAGUACUACAGCGUUUGUUUUUUGAAUCAGCUAAUGUUAUCUAAAGAAGACAAACUGUUGGCUGCCAAGCUUGUAACUGUUUAUUUCUCAUUUUUCAAGUCAUUUGUAAAGAAGGGGGAAGUAGACAGUAAGAUGAUGAGUGCAUUGCUAACAGGUGUUAAUAGAUCAUAUCCUUAUGCUGCAGUUGAUCCAGAAUAUUUAAGUGAACAGUUGCAUAACAUUUACAAGCUUGUCCAUGUGGUCAACUUUAACACCAGUCUGCAGGCUUUAAUGUUACUGUAUCAAGUUAUGGAUUCAAGUGAAACAGUAUCUGAUAGAUAUUACACAGCAUUGUAUAAGAAGAUGUCUGAUCCAAACUUAAAGUCUUCAUCAAAACAAUCCAUGUUUCUUAACUUGCUGUUUAAAAGUAUUAAAAAGGAUACAGUUGAUAGGAGAACAAAGGCUUUUAUAAAGAGACUAUUACAAAUAUGUUCCUCUCAGCCUGCCCAGUUUGUAUGUGGGGCUCUAGUAUUGUUAGGAGAACUUGUCAAAUUAAAACCAGCCGUUAUUGUUGGCAAGCAUAUGUCUGAGGAAUCUGAUGAUGAUGAAGAUGAACACUUUACAGAUCUACCUAAUCCUGACAGUGACAGUGGGACCAAGGAAAAGCAGUCACAUACAACAGUUAAACAGAAUCCAUCAUCAUGGGAUCAUAAAUCUAAUGAUAAAAAUAAAACCAGUCAUUACGAUCCCCACCAUAGAAACCCACUAUACUGUAAUGCUGAAAACGAGUGUAUCUGGGAACUGAAGCAGUUAAAGAAUCACUUUCAUCCGACUGUAUCAUUGUUUGCAUCUAACUUAAUCAAGGGAGAACCUGUCACAUAUACUGGUAACCCAUUAGAAGAUUUCACAACUAUCAGAUUCCUUGACAGAUUUGUUUAUAAAAAUCCAAAGAAAAGAGAUGCUCUACCUCAAACUUCCAUGACUGUAACAAAACACAACAAAUUGUCUGCUAAAGGCAUAAAGAGUAUACCAGUGAACAGUGAGAAAUAUCUGGAGAACGCAGAGGAUAAUAUACCAGCAGAGGAGUUGUUCUACUACAGGUACUUUUCACAGAAGGCAGCCAGGAAUAAGAAGGAUGAAGAUGAAAACAUGAGUGAAACUGAAAGUGUUAGUGAUGGUGAAUUUGAUGCAUAUUUAGAUGAUUAUGAGAAGAAUCUAGAACCUGGUCAUUUUGAUGAAGAUGAUUAUGAUUUUGCAAGUGAAGUGAGGAAGAAAAUGAAAAAGAAAAUAGCUGAAGAUGUAGAUGAUGAUUCUGAUGAUGAAGAAGAAGAAGAAGAUGAAGAAGACUUUUCAGAUGAGGAAGUAGAUUUUGAGGGAGAUGAAGAUUUUGCAAAUGCCUUUAAAGAGUAUGAUGAAGAUAUGAUUGAUGAAGAAAACAUUGAAUUUUCUGAUGAUGAUGAACUGACAGGUCCAAGUGAAGGGAAGAAGAAAAAGAAACAAAAGAAAGAUGACAAAUCUUCACCCAAAAAGAAAAAGAAAGAUGAUGGUGGUUUAUUUGCUGCAGCAGAAGAGUUUUCUCAUUUAAUGGAUGAUAAUACAGAUUUGAAAGGCGGUUUGAUGAUAGGUACUGAUGCUGUGUCAAAUAAAGACAAUGCUCAUAUUAAGCAACUUAAAUGGGAAGCAGACAGGGACAGGAAGAUGAGACAAACUCGACCCAUUAAACGACAUAAAAAACAGAAAACUGUUGCAAAGAAAAGAAAAAGAUGAGAAAACUUUUUACAGGAACAAAACAUUUCAUUCAUAUGACUACUAAAGUUGGAAAGAGAGCAGUUUCUUGUAAAAUUUAUUAUCUGAAACUUUACUAUUAAUAAAUCAAAGAACCUGUUUAUUUUAA